AUGUGUAAAUUUGCUUUAAUGUUGCUUACUGGAACUUAUGAUUUAGUGAACGGUGGGUUUGGCUCUGCUCCAAAAUUUCCAAGACCUGUAGAGACCCAACUGAUGCUUUAUCAUUCUAAAAAGAUGAGUGAUUCUGGAAAAGGUGCUCGAGCUGAUGAUGGUAGUCAAAUGGUAUAUUUUACCUUGCAAUGUAUGGCUAAGGGAGGCAUCCAUGACCAUGUAGGAGGUGGAUUUCACAGAUAUAGCGUGGAUGAGUAUUGGCAUGUUCCACAUUUUGAGAAAAUGUUGUACGACCAAUGGCAGUUAGUUAAUGUUUAUCUGGAUGCAUUUGCAAUUACAAGAGACUUGCAGUACUCAAAUGUUGCGAGGGAUGUUCUUGAUUACUUAAGGAGAGACAUGAUAGGGCAAGAAGGAGAAAUUUUCUCUGCAGAGGAUGCUGACAGUGCAGAGACAGAAGGUGCAGCAAGGUUUAUUUUCCACAAUAACUUUACGAGAUCUAAAAACUUAAAGCAGAAAAAGGUCACAACUUUCAGAGGUUGA